AUGUUCAAAAGCAGAGACUUCGAGAUAGCCAUCAUUGGAGGUGGUAUCGCAGGUGUGACCCUCGCUAUAGCGCUUCAUCACCGCCACAUCCCCGUCACAAUAUACGAGCAAGCGCCUCAGUUCGGCGAGAUCGGCGCAGGUGUUUCCUUCUCCCCCAAUGCAGUACACGCUAUGAAAGUCUGCCACGAGGGCGUGUACAAGGCGUUUGAAAAAGUCUGCACCCGCAAUGUGUGGCCGGAGAAAAAGUAUGUCUGGUUCGACUAUCUCGACGGUUAUGCGGGGCCAAAUCCAGGACAAGAGAGGCAGGACAUUGCGUUCACGAUUAAAAAUUCUUUGGGCCAGAAUGGAGUCCAUCGCGCGCAUUAUUUGGAUGAGAUUGUCAAGCUAAUCCCGAGGGAUAUUGCCCGGUUUGGGAAGAAGCUCGCCGGUAUCUCUGAAAAUGUGAAUGGAAGACUGGUCAUGAAGUUCGUGGAUGGAUCAACCGCCGAAGCAGAUGCUGUGGUCGGGUGUGAUGGUAUCAAGUCUCGGGUUAGGCAAAUCAUAGUCGGAAAAGACCAUCCCAGUGCGCAACCGAGCUAUACUCACAAGUAUGCUUAUCGAGGGCUAGCAAGGAUGGAGGAUGCUAUCGACGCCGUUGGUGAAGAGCUGGCCAUGAAUGCUUGCAUGCAUAUGGGUCCUAAUGGGCAUGUUUUGACGUUUCCAGUCAAUCACGGCAACACACUAAAUAUCGUCGCCUUCAGGACGAGUCCAGAUGAUUGGCCAGAUUCCCAGCAACUGACGAGACCGGCGAAAAGAGAAGACGCUUUGAGAGACUAUAGCGGAUAUGGCUCAAACGUGAUCCGACUGCUAAACUUGACGAAGCCUGAUUUAGACGUGUGGGCAAUCUUUGACCUGGGGGACCACCCCGUACCUACUUUUCACAAAGGUCGCAUAUGCAUAUCUGGAGACGCGGCACACGCGACAUCUCCUCAUCACGGUGCCGGAGCAGGCUUCUGCAUCGAGGACUCAGCCGUCCUGGCCUCUCUGCUCUCCGAUGAGCGCGUCCAGUCACCAUCAGAUCUAGAGGCAGUAUUCGCGACGUUCAAUGCUCGGCGCAAAGAGCGAGGGCAGUGGCUCGUUCAGAGUAGUCGGUGGAUUGGAGAUUGCUAUGAAUGGCGCGCUGAUGGCAUAGGUAGAGAUUUUGCAAAGAUCGAAAGAGAGAUCAAUGAACGGAAUGGACUUAUUGCAAACGUGGAUGUGGAUGAAAUGUGCAAGGAAGCGGAGGAGGAGCUGCGGGUGAGGCUCGGAUAA